CCUUAGUAAACAGUAUGGCGUAAAAUUUAUUACUAUCAAUCAAGUGUACUCAAUCCUGAAGAUGGAUAGAUUCUAGAUCUAGAUCUAGGUUCUACUAAAUACUGCAGUAUUGCACCUUACUUAUGAUCUUCACCACUUGCAAGAAGCUUGUUGUGCUACUCAAGCUUUUAUUGUGUGUUUUGCCAGUACUGUCAAGAAUUGAAGCAAGUCAACCCUACCAAUGCCUUAGACUUUCUUCUGCGAUGGACCAAACAAGCUCACCAGAUGUUGGGUGUGUUGGCGACUCAAGUGUUGGUAGUGAUGAGCUGCACACAAGCAUUCACACAGAGCAUGGUCUCUUCUCUGGCCAGUAUAUACGUAGCCCAUUGGCUCGGGCAGUUUACUAUAAGAUUAAAGAAGACGAGUUCAACAAAAAUGAUAAACAUGUUUAUUGGUAUCGUGUGGUCCUAAGCAGAAUGCCUGAUGAUGUGCAACCAAAAUUUGUUCAGUUUGAUCAAGAUGAUGAAGCGGAGGAAUUUCUGGAAAAUUGUCAAAAUAAGUCAAACCAGCUAUUCACACAAUUGUUCUACUCACUAGCUCGACCAGUGCUCAAUUUGUUUAUGACUCAGACAUCUAUUAAUGGAUUCCUACAGAGAGGUUCCAUGUUUGUUUUCUCCCGGCCUCAGUUUGAGAAGCUUCUCAACAUCUCACCAUAUUACAAGGGUGAAACCCUCUUGGAUCUAGGUGCUGGUGAUGGGCGGGUGACCAAGCAAAUGUCUGGCUACUUUAACACAACAUAUGCCACAGAGAUGUCCACUGUCAUGGUACGAAGGCUGACUGCUGAAGGAUUUAAAGUUCUGGGUGUUGAUGAGUGGUCCUCAAAUGGUCUCAAGUACGACCUCAUAUCUUGCCUUAAUCUGCUGGACCGCUGUGAUAAACCUCUCUCCCUGCUCUCGGAGAUUAAAAGUUCCUUAAAACCUGGAGUUGGGAGGCUGCUGGUGGCUGUGGUCAUUCCAUUCAAGCCUUAUGUUGAGUUUGGUUCUAAGACACACCAGCCCACUGAGCACAUUCACAUCAAAGGUUCUAACUUUGAGGAGCAAGUGUCCCAUUUUGUCACCAUCUUCAAAACUGCUGGGUUUGAAGUAGAGAAGUUUACACGCCUGCCUUAUUUAUGUGAGGGUGACCUCAGACAUUCCUUCUACAUGCUGACUGAUGCUGUCUUCUUGUUAAAGCCAUUAUAGGAGGAUACAGUACAUCAUCAACAUCAGCCAUGCUUGUCAUCGUAAUUACAUUUCUUAACAAAAAUAAAACUAAAAGUAGC